AUGGCUAAGGAGGCUGGGAAAACGACGGGCGAGACUGAGCUGAGAGAGAAACAGGUGAAGCGAACAGGGGCGCUAUCCCAAACAGGAAGCCAGCGAUUGGAGCGUAGAAGGGUCUUAGGUGUGAGGGACUCUAACGUGACCAGGGUUAGGGAUGGCGUCUUCACGACAGUGAAAGAAGGUGGGAGAGUAAGGGUGGAGGCUUGGUCAGGGAAGAGCAUAGUGGGUGCACUGGCCAAAGCCCAGGAGGUUGUAGAGGACAGCAUGGAGGGCGAAAACGUCGUCAUUAUUCAUGCUGGGCACAAUGAUGUAUUGAAGGGCAAGGAUCAGAGCCUUCAGAGACAGUUAGAGGAUGGGAUGCGUAAGCUCCGAGAAGCCUCUGGGAGUGUGCAUGUGACCAUAUGCACAGUUCCAGAGGUAUGGGGGCAGUCUCGUGGGAUUGAAAGGAGGGUAGUGAAUGCCAACUGUGUGAUCAGGGGUAUGAGCCGGCAACUCGGAUACAGCAUAAUGAAAGUGAACCAAGACGUGUACGAGCCCGGCGCUUGCCCCUUUGCACAGGAUGGUAUUCACUACAGUGGUGCGACUGGCAAGAGUGUCGCUAAUAGGAUGGGUUGUCAAGCCACAGCUUUUUUAGGGGGACCCGGAUCU